AUGCGCGCGCAGUACGCGUGGCGCGGCGGCUUCGUGCGCAUCUUCCCCUCGCAGAACUCCUGGCAGAAGUACGCGCAGUACCUCGAACUCCUGGCAGAAGUACGCGUAGUACCUCGGUCAGUACACACUCAAACACCUGCACCUGGUGCGGGCGGUGCGCGCGCAGUAUGCGUGACGCGGCGGCUUCGUGCGCAUCUUCCCCCCGCAGAACUCCUGGCAGAAGUACGCGCAGUACCUCGGUCAGUACACACUCAAACACCUGCACCUGGUGCGGGCGGUGCGCGCGCAGUAUGCGUGGCGCGGCGGCUUCGUGCGCAUCUUCCCCUCGCAGAACUCCUGGCAGAAGUACGCGUAGUACCUCGGUCGGUACACACUCAAACACCUGCACCUGGUGCCGGCGGUGCGCGCGCAGUACGCGUGGCGCGGCGGCUUCGUGCGCAUCUUCCCCUCGCAGAACUCCUGGUAGAAGUACGCGCAGUACCUCGGUCAGUACACACUCAAACACCUGCACCUAGUGCCGGCGGUGCGCGCGCAGUAUGCGUGGCGCGGCGGCUUCGUGCGCAUCUUCCCCUCGCAGAACUCCUGGCAGAAGUACGCGUAGUACCUCGGUCAGUACACACUCAAACACCUGCACCUGGUGCGGGCGGUGCGCGCGCAGUAUGCGUGACGCGGCGGCUUCGUGCGCAUCUUCCCCCCGCAGAACUCCUGGCAGAAGUACGCGCAGUACCUCGGUCAGUACACACUCACACACCUGCACCUGGUGCGGGCGGUGCGCGCGCAGUACGCACGGCGCAGCGGCUUCGUGCGGAUCUUCCUCUCGCAGAACUCCUGGCAGAAGUACGCGCAGUACCUCGGUCGGUACACACUCAAACACCUGCACCUGGUGCCGGCGGUGCGCGCGCAGUACGCGUGGCGCGGCGGCUUCGUGCGCAUCUUCCCCUCGCAGAACUCCUGGCAGAAGUACGCGCAGUACUUCGUCCGGGCGAGAGCCGGCGGGCGUUCGGGUUGUACCUGACGCAGGUGGUGAAGCGGCUGUCGUGCGGCAGCGACGUGUGCGCCGCGCACGCUGCGCUCGUGCUGCGCUUCCUGCGCCGCGCCUCCGCAGCGCUGCGCAUGCCCUAUCACGUGCAGGGUCCGCCCGCAAAGAUGUGCGACAAGGACCGAUGCGCGGUGGUGGCGAAGCAGCUGAACGACUUCUUGUACCUGUAUUGCCGCGAUGCGGACCUGUGCGCGGAUGCUGAACGUCGCGACGGCUGCGUCUCUAACAUCCACUUCGCGCAGUUCCUCUACUCUGCAAGCGAGGCGGACCUGGAGGACGUGCUUCUGCUGGUACUGCGGAUGGAGAACCACGUGGCGCCGUUUCUUGGGGACGCGCGUAACCCGUACUGCGUGGACCUGCCCGCCGAGCGGCUGCAGCAGCUGCAAGCGGGGCCGCGCCACGCGCUGCUGCGCCUGCUAGCCGCGCUCGCGCCCGUCAACACGCGUCGCCACCGGCCACCACCAGAAAUAACGAAGCAACCGGUGACUCCCGCGGAAGAAAGGCAUUCGCUCCACUCCCCAGUGAAAGAAUCCUUACGUGAAGAAAAACCAUUAGGAGAAGCCCUAAAAUACGCACACUCCUAG